AUGUCUCUUUCAUUUUACUGGGGAAUUGGUUGUCUACUACUUUCGAUUGUUGAAGGAGGAUUUUUGGUUAAUUUGACGCCGGAGAAAAACUCUCAAAUUUUGAAUGCACCUUGUGGACCAAUUAGAGGAAAUAUUUAUAAACAUAAAAAUGGAACAAAAAUAGUUGAUGGCUAUCUUGGAAUUCCAUUUGCAAAAGCACCAGUGGGAGCUUUAAAAUUCAAAAAACCAGUGGCAGCGGAGAAGUGGACAGAGCCAAGAGAUUGUUACGAAUAUGGGCCGGGAUGUCCUCAGACUGGAAGAUUUGCAGCUCUAACUGCAAAAAGUACUGCAGCAUUUGCCGAGGAAAAUUGUCUCACUUUGAAUGUUUUUGCACCGAGAUGGAAGUUGGCGGAAUUUCCAAAGGGUCUUCCAGUAUUGGUGUAUAUUUAUGGAGGUGGCUAUGAAAUUGGAUUCACUUCUUAUAUGGACGAUUACUCGUUAACCGGAACUCUUCCACUGAAAGAUGUAAUCGUCGUUACAAUGAACUAUCGUCUUGGACCACUUGGAUUUCUAACAAUUGCUGAUGGCAUUGCAAAUGGAAAUUAUGGAUUAUGGGAUCAAACUCUAGCACUUCAAUGGGUUCAAGAUAACAUUGCAUCGUUUGGAGGCAAUCCUGAAAGUGUGACACUUUCCGGAACAAGUGCAGGAGCUACGAGCACUGAUUUUUUAUCGCUGAGCCCACAUUCAAAUCAGCUAUUUCAAAGAUCAAUAUCCAUGUCUGGAACGGCAUUUUGCAAUUUUGCAAUUCGACCUAAAGAUGUAGAAGUUGGAGUUUGUAAAGAGUUUGCACAGUUUCAGGGUUAUACUGGAACCGACUCUCAAAGCUUAUUCGAUUGGUAUAUGGCUCAAAACGUGUCAAAGUUCAAAGAAGUUGCGGGGUUCCAAUCAACAGCAGCUGGAGCUGUUCCAUUUAUUCCUAAUUUUGAUGGAGAUUUCUUCCCAAAACCAUUUGAUAUUUUGAGAAGAGAAGCUCCAAAGAAAGAUGCACUAAUCACUGUAGUUACAAUGGAAUCUGUUGGAAUGAUAAUUUUCAAUCCCUUAUUUGCAAACGCUUAUAACAAUUUCGAAGGAUUUAUUAAUGAAACUUAUGGACCGGAUGUCACAGAUUAUUAUGCAGAUGUGAAGAAAAAACUGACCGGUUUCUAUUUAAAAGAUGUGAACGCUUCUGAUAAAGCUACAGUCAAUAGAAGAGUAGUAGAUUAUGUCAGCGAUUCUGUGUUUAAUAGUGGAACUCUUGACGCUGUGAAAUCCUACGUCAAAUAUGGAAACAAAGUUUAUUUGGGUUCAUUUAAUUAUUUCAAUGAUGCAACCAAAGAUAUGGUUGAGCUAAUGCAACCAUUCAAGGAAGCUUCUCAUAGUUCGGAUUUUAAAUAUUAUUUUGGAAGUGGAGUAAUGGCAAAUUUCACUCCAACAGAUGAAGAAAUGGAAGUUAUGGAUAUGUCUGGAACCUUGAUGGCAAAUUUUGUUAAAUACGGCGAUCCAAACGGGAAAUCGGGAACAAAACCGUGGAAACCGUACACCAUUCUCAAACCGAAUAUGUAUUAUAAGAUUGACUAUCCCACUUGCGAAAUGUCCGAUAAUUUCCAAAAUGGACGGCUGCGCAUUUAUGAUGAUAUUAACAAAAAUUCGAAGAAGUAUCAACAAAUUGUCUAUGGAAAGGUUUCGAAGAGAGUUGUUAUCAAUGCGAGAGCAGGAUAA